GGGUUCGACUCUCCUCUGCGCACAAGGCAGCUCCUGGCUCUUCAAGUUGCGACUCGAGCGUCGCACACGACACGGCCCGUCUUCAUUUCAAUGACGAAAAACCGUAGUUCUCGGCGAAACAACAAACGUAAACCGUCACCAUGUGAUUCCUCAAAAGACAUCGAUCAGCAGUCGCUGAAUUUCGCGCUCAGUACGGGAAAAGCUGUGGAAGUUCGAGCAUCGGAAAAACUCCAAGCGACUCGACUCUGCGGAGAUUCUCUGGACAUCGGAGACUUCACCCUAUGCGACUUGAUUUUCGAUGGCGGAUCUUCGAGAAUCUGUUUGCCCAGCGAACUCUGGGAAAAUGAAAUCAUCGAACCGGUUGCUCAUUCGGUUUUGCACCUUCUCUUCGGUGCAAAGGAUAUUACGGAUGACUGUGACAUAGAAGUCCUUCAUCAAACGCCAUGGUUAAACAGCGGUCGACACGCUGUAAUCGUUGGGGACCAAGGCGGAGGCGCUCUAAUCGUCGAUCUCAGCAACGACGGUGAUCAUGAAGAUCACACGCCCGCGCUCGAACUGCAAGAAGACGUUCCUGCGAAGAAAUGCCGCUUACCGAGGUUCGCCGUUCACCAGACGAUGGCAACGCUUACGGUUGUUUUCUUCGUCCAAAACGUUGACAGGGACUCUUUAGCCGUGUCAUUCUGUACCUGCAACUCCUUACUCCGGCUCGAAUUCAGCAUGAGUUCAGAGCACCACACGACGUACCGCAUCGUUCUGGGCCACCCGUCGAUUGAAGGCUCACUGUUGUUCCCCCAGAAGAUUCGUUUCGAUGUUAUCCGUGACACCCUCGUUGUUUAUCUCGAAAAAGCUGAAGACCAGCACAAUCUUUGGACGGAAAUCGUCGUUGGUGCCGGUGGAACCUCGGAACUGCGAACUUUUUCCCUGGUAGACGAAUCAGUUGACAAGAGUUGUGAUAGUUGCGCCCCCGUCGGAGGCGAGGACAUCCAGAGACGUUUCAGUGCACCCUGUGAGUCGCUUUUCUCGAACGACGGUUGUCGAGGAAUUCUGAAGAACCGGCGACUGUGUUCGAGAACUCUGAGCGAAUGUUCGGAAUCUAUGGAGUUCAGCUCGUGGGAUCUGUCUGAGAGUCUUCGAAGCUCCUCAAUGCAAUUCGACGACGCCAAGAAGGUCACAUUCAAUGAAAAGGUUCUCGAAACCAAAUACAAACCGGGCGGGAUCUCAAUCAAACGUCGCUCCCAGAGGACACGAUCUCUGUCCGACUCCAGUGAAGAUAAUAGUGAUUCGGUCUGUGAUGAUCUCCAAGAGAAGCUCAGCCUUGGUUCGAGACACGGGAGCACCAAGGAGGAAUUUUUCCGCUUAGAUAUGGACGACAGUAGAGAGUAGAUAGAAAGCAGUGUCCUUCCGACAAGGAACAUCACUUCAAGGCCUGCGAAAACCGAACCCGAGGAAACUUCUACCUUCCCAUGUACGCCUAUGACGCUCGGAUCGCGUCAGAGCUCCGAGCGUUGCAGAUGUGCUUGGAACAAUAUUCACUCGAACUUGACUGACAUCCAAACUCUCGAGAUCGACUCUGGAAGCGCCCGCUGCUUUUCAAUCGAGCCAGACUCGAUGUCCAGCAGAUCAUUGGAAUUGGCACUCUACUUCUUAAUUUAUAUCCGAUUGAAUACGCGACCGAGAAGUAUUCCCGUUGAAUGUCUUCUCCUCAGCUAAGCAGAUCUCCUCUCAGGUUCCGUACGCUGUCUGAAGGAUCACAGCAGCGAUCGUGGUUGGAAAAGAUUCAAUUGUAAAGCGCCGGAGCUGCUUCGAGUCGAUCGGAAUAGUGCGGAUAAUUUUUUUUUGCACAGAGUUCAACUUUCGCUCCCUUGCGUCCAGUGUAUUUUUCGUAAGUUCUACGGAACAGACUUUCAAUACAGUUGAUCUUUAAGACU